AUUUCGAUAUCGAAAUCACGGAAUCCACGACCCAUGUGCUGGUGUGAAGCGGUGUUCUGAGAAAGUGUUUUACGUGAGCAACUCGUGUAAUUUUUAUAAACCCUUUUUUUCGUCCACGACAAAGAUUCCCACUUGUUUUUUAUAGUGAGGUUUCAUCUAUUUGCUGCUUUCCUAUAGCCCCUAAACCAGUGUCAUGGAGGAGAACUCUGCAGAUAGGAAUGUUGAGAUCUGGAAGAUCAAAAAACUCAUCAAAAGCUUGGAACUUGCAAGAGGAAAUGGUACAAGCAUGAUUUCGCUCAUCAUCCCUCCUAAAGAUCAGAUUGCUCGGAUCAGCAAAAUGUUGGCUGAUGAAUUCGGUACUGCCUCCAAUAUUAAAUCUCGAGUAAACAGGCUCUCUGUCCUGGGUGCCAUCACAUCUGUCCAACAGAGAUUAAAACUGUAUGCCAAAGUACCCCCUAAUGGUUUGGUCAUAUAUUGUGGAACAAUUGUCACAGAAGAGGGUAAAGAGAAGAAAGUGAACAUUGAUUUUGAGCCUUUCAAGCCCAUCAAUACAUCACUUUAUUUGUGUGACAACAAGUUCCAUACAGAAGCCUUGACAGCAUUGUUAGCUGACGAUAACAAAUUUGGUUUCAUUAUUAUGGAUGGUAACGGGGCGUUGUUUGGAACACUCCAAGGAAACACGAGAGAAGUUUUACAUAAAUUUACUGUCGAAUUACCCAAAAAGCACGGACGUGGUGGUCAGUCUGCCUUGCGUUUCGCCCGUUUACGUAUGGAAAAGCGACACAAUUACGUCCGUAAAGUGGCCGAGGUAGCCACUCAAAUGUUCAUAUCCAACGAUAAGGUGACGGCUGCAGGCCUCAUCUUAGCAGGAAGUGCUGACUUCAAGACGGAGCUCUCUCAAUCGGAUAUGUUCGAUCCGAGAUUGCAAGUCAAAAUUAUCAAGAUGGUCGACAUCUCUUACGGUGGUGAAAACGGCUUCAACCAGGCAAUCGAGCUUGCAGCAGAGAGUCUUGCCAAUGUGAAGUUUAUCCAGGAAAAGAAGCUGAUUGGUCGAUACUUUGAUGAAAUCAGCCAGGAUACGGGCAAGUACUGCUUUGGUGUCGACGAUACGCUGAAAGCACUGGAACUUGGCGCUGUUGAAAUUCUCAUUUGUUGGGAGAAUUUGGACAUUAUGCGCUACAUGCUCAAGAUUCCCGGUACGGAAGCGACCAAAGUUCUGCACUUAACGCCCGAACAGCAAAAAGACAACACGCAUUUCACGGACAAGGAUAGCGGUACCGAAAUGGAAUUGAUAGAAAGUCAGCCGCUACUGGAGUGGCUGGCAAACAAUUAUAAAUCGUUUGGUGCGACGCUUGAAAUCAUCACCGAUAAAUCCCAAGAAGGCUCCCAGUUCGUCAGAGGGUUUGGUGGCAUUGGAGGCAUUUUACGCUACAAGGUGGAUAUGCAAAGUUUACAAGGCGACGGCCCCCUGGACGAUCAAGUCUACGAUUUGGACGAUUAUUAAGACACCCUCUAGGAUUAUCAUCAACGGUUUCGGACCAUUUAUCACGCAUCCAACGGAUAAAAUAAAGUUUUUUUCCCUGCAUAUGACACCCGUCGAUUGCGUUCAGCUGUUACUUUUUUCUUUCCAACUUGAACGCUGCAACGAACUUGUUUUUCCUGUUCAAUCGGAGCGGGAAAAAUGUGGAAGAAAUCAUCAAGAGUGCAUCAAUUCCUCUUCUAUUUUUUUUUCUUUUCUAUUUUUACAUUGGACUGGAGGGGAAAUCUUAGGUGAAAUUAUGCGAUUGUCAUAUUUUUUUUUUGAAAUUUUUUUUUCUCGGUAGGGAAAUAUGAAUUGACUACCGCAAUUUCAAGAACUUUAUAUGAAAUGAAUUUAUGUUUGCUGGUUUAUUCACACACAAACACAAGCGGGGAUCGUCUUUCAUCGUUCCUCGUCGAGUGACGUCUGGGUUUUCCUACCUAGAAUCUGAAACAAGUCACUUCGAUAAAACAAAAAUGAAAAAUUAAUGGGGGGACGCUCGUGUUUCAAUUCUCCAUCCAUAGUUUUCUUUUGCUGCAUCAACACUUGCGUAUUUUUUAACUAUUCCUUUCAAGAAAAACAAACAAACAAAAUCUUCUUCACUGAACAUUGUUCAUACUUUUUUUUUGUCAUUCUGUCGUUUUGAGUUUGUGGAACACGAGUUUUGUCGAAAGAUUUACCUCCGUGAAAUACACACUUGCCGACACGUGGUGUUGGUUUGAGUUGGAAUUUGA